GGAAAGUUAACUGAUCCCAUUUGAUUUAUCGACCGAAGUUCUUUAAUACCCAUCUAUCCAUCUUUUUGAAGACUCUCAUCUAUCUAUCUCGACUUGGGAGAUUAGAUACCCAUUUGUGCAAUAUGGCCGAACCAAAUAAGAACCAAAAGACGUACAAGCAAGCAGUGGGCGAGUACUACAACAAGCAAUACGAGUCGUGGGUGCCGUGGGUCGAGGACCAGUAUCUUAGGUGGUUCACCAAGGACAACAAAACCUCGUAUGCUACGAAACAACAACUCGACAAAACCAAAAUUACCGGGAUUGAGCAAGUCGACAGUCUCCAAGACGGCGUGAACAACCUCGUCAGUGGCCAAGUUGGCAAAGGAGGACUUGCGCAACCCAUCGGUGAUCUCGCCUCUAAGGAAGGCAUAAACCGUGCUGAGAGGGGUGGGAAGGACGAGCAGGGUAGACCGAUUGAGAGUCAAGGGCCGCUUGGAGGAUAUGGACAGAGUGCUGCGGAUGGGGUGAAGAGUACCGGUGGCGGUGUUGCUCAGGGGGUUACGGGAGGGGUGAAGUCGGCGGGAGGGUUCGUCGGGGGCCUGUGGGGGAAGAAGGGUGAAGAGCCGAAGAAGUGA